UUUCUCGACUCUGAAUUCCUUUCACCAAAAAAAAAACAAAAGGGGGGGGGCAAUAGGCUAAACAUGCGCUUCCGCUCUCUUUUACUUGAAAAAAUUUAAAAGAUCGAGCAGAACUGGGAAUAAAAAUGCAGGAAGAACCCAGUUGAAAUCAAGUGGAAAAGUUGCAUCUUUGUGAUUUGUUCGUGACAUUGGUCACUCUUUUCUGUAGUUUCACAUUUGAUUGAUUUGGGGACAUCCAUGUCUGCCCAAACUCAAACUUCUUUAAUUUUUGGUGAUGGAAUACAUUAUGCCACGCCCAUUAUCUCCUCAACGAGGACAAGUGAAGGGGAGGUGGUAAAAGGUGUCCUGCGAAUGAUGCAGGGACUGUCCGGUUCCAUUUUUUGUUGGGACUAUAUAAAGCAGAAUUUUUAUGUUUCCAAAAACGGGAUAUAUGUCACCCAUCUUUCCCUUUCUAGCCUUCACAACAUUCUACAACAGUUCUUGUAUUCUGCUACUUGUUUGCAGCUUGUUCAAGUUAAGGUCAAUAGAUUGAAGUUGGAGACUAAUAUGCCUACUCUCAGGGCUUUUGCAUCUUCUGUUUCUCAAUGGCUUAAGAGGUUGAGAAAUAUUGCUCUAAAGGAAGAAAUGAAGAUGUGUAACUCUAGUGUUGGAAUCACUCCUACACUUUUGGGAUUGUCAAGUUCCUUAUCCAGUCUUUGCUCAGGUGCUGAAUUCUUAUUGCAAAUAGUGCAUGGGGCCAUUCCUCAAGUGUACUUUGAGACUAACUCAUCCAUUCCAGCGUCUGAAAUGGCUGUUCAUAUCCUAGACUAUCUUUACCAGAAACUUGAUGAAGUGUGUCUUGUGCAAGGUGGUGAGGAGGAGGCAUAUUUAAUGGUGCUUCAUAUUCUUGUUGGAAGUUCAUUACCAUACAUGGAGUUUCUCGAUUCUUGGCUUUUCAAAGGAACACUUGAUGAUCCUUUUGAGGAGAUGUUCUUUUAUGCUAACAGAACAAUCUCAAUUGACGAGUCUGAGUUCUGGGAGAAGAGCUAUCAAUUGAGGCAAGUACAAAGUAAGAAGUUUGAGGCUUCUGCCAAUCCCUUAGCAAAUAACAAGAAGGAAUUGGGUGCAAGGGAUUCUGUUUCUUGGUCUAUUUCUGCGAAGGGUAAGGAGCAAAACAGCAAGGAGCUUCAAGCGUGUCCUUUGUUUAUUAAGAACAUGGCAAAGUCCAUUGUCUCUGCUGGAAAAUCAUUGCAGCUGAUCCGCCAUGUUCCUUUGUCAUUCUCAAUGGUAUCUGGCAAAAACAUAGACAGUGACAUUGAUGGUCCUAGAGGUUCUGAGGAUUUAAGCAGUCAGAAACAGAGCAUAGCUGGGUUAAACUUGUCUGAGAUUUUCUGUAUAUCAGUAGCAGGUCUCAUAGGACAUGGUGAUCACAUCUCUAGGUACCUAUUACAGGAUGACCCGUGCAAAAUUAAGGUUGUCCAAUUGGUGUCUGAUAUGAUUAGUGAAAAGGUGAGGGAUGGGAAUGGUGAAAGAUGGCCUGAAAAACUGAAUGUUGUAGAAUCCACAAAUAAGGAUGGAAUUGACUUUCCUGAAGCAGAAAGAGGCAAUAUUACUGCAGGUUUGGGGAAUGAAAUGUCCCUCCAAAGGUCAUUCUGUCCAGAAAAUCCAGUGCUCACUGUGUGUCAAAAUUUACUUGAUAAGCAUAAAGAUUCCUGGAAAAUGUUGAACAUAUCUAAGAAUUUCGAUCUACCUCCUUUAAAUGAUGAGAUCUUACGAGAGGCUGUAUUUGGUGGUCAGAGUGGGUUAUCAUCUGCAGUUAAAGGAACAAAUUAUACUUUUGGUUUUCAGUUUGGUAAAUCUGAAUAUCUUCGUGCACAGGAUGACAAAAAACUGUUAGAAGUCUUGUUUCCUUUUCCUACUCUUCUUCCUUCUUUUCAGGAUGAUAUCUGUAUGUCAGAGCUCUUACCUUUCCAGAAGAAUAGCACACUUGCAGCAAGAGUUCUUAGCUGGAUUCAAAGUAUUGAACCAAGAACGAUGCCACUUCCACUAAUUAUUAUGCAGGACUGCUUAACUGUCUAUGUCAAGCAGCAGGUGGAUUAUAUUGGCCAACUUAUAUUGUCAAAGUUGAUGAAGGAUUGGAGACUGAUGGAUGAGCUUGCAGUUUUGCGUGCCAUAUUCUUGUUAGGUUCAGGUGAUCUACUACAACACUUUUCAACUGUAAUUUUCAGUAAGCUGGAUAGAGGAGAAACCUGGGAUGAUGACUUUGAGUUAAACUUGGUGCUACAGGAAUCCAUUAGGAACUCUGCUGAUAGCAUGCUGCUAAGUGCUCCAGAUUCAUUGUUUGUGUCCAUCAUCAAGAAUCAUGGUUUAGAAAGCGAUGAGCUACCCAGUACACCGAACCUUGCUUCAACACCUCGUAAGAUUCGUCCACACAGCUUUGGAAUUGAUGGUCUUGAUUCUCUGAAAUUCACAUAUAAGGUCUCCUGGCCACUUGAACUGAUUGCUAAUGCAGAUGCAAUUAACAAGUAUAACCAGGUCAUGAGGUUUUUGUUGAAGGUCAAGCGUGCGAAAUUCGUACUUGACAAAGUUCGAAGAUGGAUGUGGAAGGGUAGAGGCACUAUGACAAAUAGCCAGAAACGGCACUGGUUGGUGGAGCAGAAACUCCUCCAUUUUGUGGAUGCCUUCCACCAGUAUGUAAUGGACAGGGUAUAUCACAGUGCUUGGCAUGAACUCUGUGAAGGUAUGGUAACAGCUGGUUCUCUGGAUGAAGUCAUUGAAGUACAUGAGGCCUACUUAUUAUCAAUUCAGCGGCAAUGUUUUGUGGUUCCGGAUAAGCUGUGGGCCUUAGUUGCAAGUCGAGUCAACAGCAUCCUUGGAUUAGCUCUGGACUUUUACUCUAUACAGCAGACAUUAAAUAUUGGUGGAGCCACUUCUGCAAUGAAGACUAGAUGCGAAAUGGAAGUGGACAGAAUCGACAAACGGUUUGAUGACUGCGUCGCUUUUCUCCUAAGAAUCUUGUCUUUUAAACUCAAUGUGGGACACUUCCCUCAUUUGGCUGAUCUGGUGACUAGAAUUAAUUACAACUAUUUCUACAUGUCUGAUAAUGGAAGCUUGAAGACUGCCAUUACCUCUGAAACUAUUACUUCAAGACUGGGGAAAGCCUUUGGUGCAAGAAUGGACUGAUUAAAUUAGCAUGGCGCUGCUUACAAUGCCGUGUGUCAAUAUGGGAUGUGAGUUUUUUUUUUUCUUUAUUUCUGCCAUCCAAAAGUAAAUUCUUCAGCGAUGUUCCUAGCCAUAUGAAUGCUGCAGAAAUCAGUGAGAGUGUAGAAUUGGGAAAUAGUGUACAGUUCAGUGCCAGAAGGUGCAAAGGCAAUGACUCGAGCAACAUUCGGCUAAUGAAAUGUUAAUAUCUGCAUAUAUCUGGUUAUCAAACUUAUUUCGGCUUUAAUUGGUGCUCGAUGCAGAUGGUUUGAGUUGGACUUGAAUGUUGUCUUCUUGCUUAUAGUUUGUUCUCAUUUGUCCUCCUUUCUUUUCACCUCUUAUGUACUGUAUAGAUAUAUAGGUAUGUCAUAUCUGCCAGUUUUGUUGGUAAAAUUUAACAGCAGAGAUGUAUGGUGUAAAUGGAUGCUUUUGUUUCCGGUGCUUUUGGCAUUGUAUAAGUAACACACAUGAAUGAUGCACCUGCUGGUCGGACUUAUUAUGCAUAAACCGAGAUUUAAUCAAACCAAA